AUGGCGGCGGCGGCGCUGAGCGGAUCCAGCUUCGUGCCGCUGUGCACGAGCUCCGAGGGCUCGGACGGCCGCGGCCUGCGGCUACACAACGCUGGCGUCGACGUCCUCAAUGGGGCGAAGCUGGCGGCGCGCAAGAUCGCGCUCGUGGGCGUGCUGAACGUGGCGGAGGACGAGAAGACGGAGCCGGAGCGCGGCCUGUUCCUGAGCUCCAGCGCCGCGUCCGUGGCCGAGCAGGACGCCAGCAUGCUGCUGCUCGUGCUGCGCGGCGUCUCUCUAGCCGACGAGCCGUUCUGGGGCUCGCUGCUGUUCGUGCUGAGCUCGCACGUGGUGGUGAGCAAGGCCGGCCCCACCUCCAGCGCCAGCUUCCAGGCCGCGCUGCCGUUCCUGCCGGACUUUACCAAGCUGCAGGUGGCCGAAGGGUCUGUUGAUGGGGACAGGAACGCCGCGCUGCUCAAGGAGCUGGCGCCGCGCUUCACGUGGGGCGCGGUGGACCUCAAGAUCAAGGACAUGAACGGCUGCGACUCGGCGUCGACGUACUUCGAGCAGCAGCUGGCCGCGGGAUCCACGGACGCGCAGCAGCUGCUGAGUGCUCUAGUGCCAGUGAGAGACGCUGUGGUGCUCAAGUCCAACUCAUUCCAGGCGCCGGAGGAGCCGCACUCGUCCCCCAAGCUGCUGACGCACGUGGCCGACCGACUCGAGUGCAAAUCCUUCUUCGGACGCUAUAUGAGCGGGGCGCUGCUGGUGAGACUCAUCCGGUCGUUGAUCCAUGCAAUGGCCAUGCCGGACGGAUCCCCCGUAGUGCUUCAACGCGUCGUAACCAACGUGUUCGUCGCGCACUGGCAGGAACUGGUGCAGCGCGCGUUCAAGGCGUACUGCGACCUGCUGCACGCGCGGCUGGCGGUGUACGAGCGCGCGCCGAUUACGGCCGAGUACCUUGUCGAUGUUACGGAGAGGAAGCUGAAGGCGAACCAGGCUCAGGACAACAAGCACUCGGCCGUCGUGAACGCUGGCCAGGGGAACUUUUCGGUCUUCGACGAGUUCGGCAACUUAAAGAAGCAACAGGUAUCCGAGGACGGCGCGGAGGAUAGUAUGGUGGCAGCGACAACCCCGGCGCCGCUAAACACUGGACUAUUUAGCUUCCUGAAGAACAGAGCUGGCCGUGCCCUCAGCAAGCAGCUCUCGCGGUUCCCUACUAACCGGUGGAGCACGUCGAUUAAAGCUGGAGGACAAGCAACUGCUCAGGGUGACAGCGGUGGACUUGGUGGGAUCCUGGAAGACGUAGAAGCAGCGGAAGCAGAAUUACGGGAAGAGGCAAACGCAGCGCAAUCGCCUGAUCUGCUGCUGGCGCGAUGCACUGCAAGCAUUACGCGCUACUCAGUGCCGAUGGAAUACCUGAACACACCCAGUGAGGCCAUGCCUGUAAACACAUCGGUGUUAGACACAAUGCACGCCGAAGGGCUGGAGGAAGUGAACGCUUUGCUGAAGCCGUUUCUCGUGGAUCUGCGCGGCCCCAUGCCUUCAAGUCCUGAGCUUGCUUGCUCGCUGGAUUUUCAUGUCGGAAAGAAAAACUUGUGGGCGAAGUUGGUCCGCGUCCGGAGGCGCUUCGAGCGCGCCAAUGAAGUGUCCUCGGCAAUCUUUUGCGGCGAGCUGCUGCGUUAUCUGCACUCUGUAGUGCUCCGCAAGAACGAAACAGACACCGAGGAUCAACAACAGCAGCAGCAACUUCGAGGUCGCGCUGUCUCGUCGAUCAUGCUGGUGGACAAGAAGAGCGGAAACGCGCCUGUUGCCCUCACGCGGGUGCCGUUGGAGUUGCUGACGUACAAGAACAACCUGGAGGCAAUGGUGUCGCAGUACAAUUUCGUGGCCCGUGGCCCUCAAGCUGCUACAGUGCUCGCAGGCUUCCUCAACGGACCAGUGCGCCGCCAGCUUCAACACUUGACGGAGCAAGAGUACGACCGAUUCACUGCAGCCUGCGAUGAGAAGGAGCGUCGCAUCAAGGAGUUGGAGGAGUCGCUGGAGGACAAAGAGCGCCAGGUGAAGCACAUCACGAAAGCAAACGCAGAGUGGGGUCGUCAAGAACGCGAGGCUGUUGCCAACAUCGAGCAGGGUCAUGCCGAGCAAGUGAGCUCGCUUCAAGACUCAAUUCGGAGCACGGAAGCUAAGAUCGAGGGUGCGCUAGCAGAACAGCAGGCUUUGUACCAAAGCACCAUGCAGGCUACGCGGCGAACAAUCGACACAGUGGACAAGGUGGCCGACAAGGGCCGCAUCGUGUCCGGCUACUUGGAGCGCUACGAGAAGGCCCACGUGUUCUCGUCGCGGUGGCGCCAGUACUUCUAUGUUCUGAAGCACGCAACACUCACGUGCUACAAGUCCAAGAGCGAGUAUGAGGAGCGAGGACCCCCGUUCGAGCGGCCGAUUAGCAUCAGUGGAUACAAGGUCGUCCAAAGCCGCACCGAUGAACUCAAGAUCAAGCUGGUCCCCCCCGAGGCGGGCCACCAAAUGCUUCGCUUCCGUGCACCUGCCAGCGUGGGUCGCGAGACGUGGAUGAAGCGGUUCGCUGAGGCCACGCAAUAUUCCGGUCAAUAA